CACAAUUAGUUCUAUAGAAGCAAUCAAGGAAGACGGACGUGUCAAUCAAAAUGUCAAAUUACAUUUCAAACCUCGGGCAAAGUCUGGAUCAAUACCAGCAAGCUCCAGCUUAUUACCAGCAGGCUCAAGCUCAAGCUCCAUACCAGCAAUCCCCAGCUUAUUACCAGCAGGCUCAAGCUCCAUACCAGCAAGCCCCAGCUUAUUACCAGCAGGCUCAAUCUCAAGCUCCAUACCAGCAAUCCUCAGCUUAUUACCAGAAGGCUAAAGCUCCAUACCAGCAAGCCCCAGCUUACUACCAGCAGGCUCAGGCUCCAUACCAGCAAGCUCCAGCUUAUUACCAGCAAGCUCAGGCUCCAUACCAGCAAGCCCCAGCUUAUUAUCAGCAGACUCAAGCUCCAUACCAACAAGCCCCAGCUUAUUACCAGCAAGCUCAGGCUCCAUACCAGCAAGCCCCAGCUUAUUACCAGCAGGCUCAAGCUCCAUACCAGCAAGCUCCAGCUUAUUAUCAGCAAGCUCAGGCUCCUCUCCAGCAGGCACAAAAUUCUUGUCAACAGUCGCAAAAAAUUCAAGCUCAGUAUCAACAGGCACAGGCUCAGCUAGCUAAAGCCCAGCAGGCUUUAGCUCAAUUAGCUGUGCUUUAGCUCAAUCGGCUAGCGCUCAUUUAUAAAUUUGAGGAGCUUUAAACGUCAAUGAAAAGUCUCUAUUGAACUAUAUUUAUCAUAAAAUUGUUGUGGCAUUUAACUAGGAGAUAUUUUUACAAAUAAAUAUUUUAAUCUAAUAA